AUGCUUUCUUUCAAGGACAUCUUCAUCGCUUCGGCCGUUGCCGCCGUUGCCCAUGGCCACGGCGUCAUUCUGAAUGCCCAGGGAGAUGCAGGCUCGCCCGCCAGCGUCGGCUUCAAGGUCGACCCCAACAUUGCUCGCAACUGCACAACCAUCAACCCCUGCCAGCAGGAUGCCACGCUGAUCCGCGACGCCGAGAUCAACGCCAACAUUGUGAACGAGUGCGGACGUACCGAGAUUUCCGGCAACAUCGACAUUGGCGAGAACACCGAGAACGCCCUGUCCGCCGGCCAGGUCACCAAGGUCAAGGCCGGCGGUGAGCUCACGGUCACCAUCCACCAGGUCAACGCCGACGGUGCCGGUCCCUACGCUUGCGACCUGGACCCCACGAGCAACUCUCUCGGCGGCAGCGGCCAGAUUCCCCUGCAGGUCACCAACAACGUCCCUGGCGUCAACGGCUUCUCCCAGGCCAAGGCCCAGCAGUUCAACAUCACCGUCAAGUUGCCCAACGACCUGAAGUGCACUGGAGCUUCCACUGGAGACAUCUGCACCGUCCGCUGCCGCAACAACGCCGUCGCUGGUCCCUUUGGCGGCUGCUUCCCCAUCCAGCAGACCGACGUCACCCCUACCGCCAACACUCCUCAGAACAUCAAGACGCUUAAGGACCUGGACACCAUCCUCAAGCAGCAGCAGGGCAACACCAAGGACCUCCCGGCCGCCGUCAAGGCCAACCAGGUUGACGGCACUGCCGAGCAGAAGGCCGCCGCCGAUGCCGCCGUCAAGCUCCUCGGCACUCCCGACGUCGUCGUCAAGGAGUCUCCCGCCAGCAACACCGGCCCCGGCACCAACGGCGCCAACGGCACCGGUAACGCUCCCGCCACCGGCACCGGUAACGGUAAGGGCAACAGCAACCCCAACACUGGCAAGGGCGUCGGCAAGGGUGCCGGCAACGGUACUCCUGCUCCUGCUCCUGCUCCCAACGGCAACCGUGGUGGCAGCCGCAACAACGGCAACCAGAAGCGUGGUGAGGGCCUCCUGCGCUGGGCCAGACGCUAUGUCAUCGUCGACGACGAGGCCGACGCGGUGGAAGUUUCCGCAUGA